UUCCCAUAAUUUCACUUCUGCUUGCUACAAUUAUGCGGCAUCUUCCCCCUGCAGGCCGCGGCAUGGCGACCCAAGUGCUGUGGACAGUCUGAGAGGUAAAGUUUUUAUCCCUGUGAAAGCCCAGGUUGAUGCCCUGCAUCGGCGUUAAUGAUGGACGUGAGCUCUGCCCCUCUGAGCUAUGAGAUCCUGGCACAAGUCGGCGAAGGCACCUACGGGAAAGUGUACAAAGCCAGAGAGCUGGGUGAGCGACAGCGCCUCCUAGCGGUGAAGAAGUUGAACAUCCCCGGAGAUUCGGAGAUGGGGAUCCCUGCGUUCAUGAUCCGUGAGGUGGCCCUGCUGCGCAAAACGAAGUACUUCAACCAUCCCAACGUCGUGAGGUUGUUGGAUGUAUCUGCUAUGCCAGUGGGCAGGAGAAUGGACCUCACGCUUGUGUUUGAAUACAUCGAUCAGGACCUCUCUACAUACCUGGCCAAUGUUCCCACCUCCGGACUGAAUCGUGACAUCAUCAAGGAUGUGAUGCUGCAGCUGCUGCAGGGCCUGGACUUCCUGCACACCAACAUGGUGGUGCAUCGUGACCUGAAGCCGGAUAACAUCCUCAUCAGCAGCUCUGGACAAGUGAAGAUCGCUGACUUCGGGCUGGCACGCAUCUAUACCUUUAACAUCGCCCUCACUCCAGGUGUGGUGACUCUGUGGUAUCGAGCUCCCGAGGUGCUGCUGAACUGUGUGUACAUGUCCUCAGUGGACAUGUGGAGCGCCGGCUGCAUCUUCGCCGAGCUCUUCCUCCUGAGGCCGCUGUUUCGGGGAUACACAGAGGCACAGCAGCUCCAGAAGAUCUUUGAGGUGAUCGGUUUGCCCAGUGAGGAGGACUGGCCCAAGGAGAGCCCGAUCUCCUACUCUGCCAGCUGGGGACCCAAAGGCCCCUGCACCCAUCUGCUGCCCAGCCUGGGUCAGGAGGAGAGCGACCUCCUGAAUCAAUUUCUAGCAUUCAGACCAGGCAGUCGCAUCUCAGCUGCCAAGGCUCUGGCUCACCCUUUCUUCCUGAGGCGCUGAGGAUUUCAUUCAAGCAACGAGCGAAGCAAAGAAAAGAUCGUCUCGCUUGGGCUCGCCCCACCCUGGUGUGUGGGAUACCGAGGAGUCUUGUGCCAUAAAAUCCACCGCACCUCAUGUUUUCAGUUGCUUUUAACAUUUAUUUCCAGUAUCAUGACAAUCCUAAUCUCGAUUUAGAUGAAAACUUGUGUGGCCAGGUUUCAGUAACACAGGUACACCGUGAAGAAUAUUUAGCUGCACUCUGAGAAAGUGGCUCUUAUGACACAAACACCCUCAGUAUUUACACCGCAGGUGACAGUGGACACGUGUUGAUGACAGUAUUUCGUAUCAAAACUGAUAUUUUGUAAAGAAAAACAUGAGGCAUGUUUUUGAAGAAUUACUACCUUAACUGAUAACGCUCAUACUUUCUUUACUUUGUUAGAUGAAGCUGCACAUUUGACCAUCAUCCGACCUGAGUUGCUAAAGCAUGCAUUCCUCUUUGAUUUUGUUUCUGCUCGCCUUUUUUUGUUAGAUAUUGAGCUGUUUAAUGGCACUAAACUCUAUUUCUUCCACACCGACAUGAUCUAUGAAACACCUUGGUGAAGAAUGUGCUGUGAAUAAAUGUGUGCAUGUAGUUAUUAUUUAGCAAUGUUGCUAUUAAUCCUAGAAGUCAGGUUGCUACAAACUAAUGAAAAUGCUGUUCGGUGCAUCAUUUAAUUGAUGAGGUGUUUUUGGUUUGUUCCACCUAUUCCUCUCGUUCUGCACAGAUCUGUAGGAUGCACUGACUUUUUUUUAUUUUAUAUGCACAUUUAUGGUGCAAUCAGUGGAAUUGAAGACACCUUUAUUUUUGUUUACACUGACAGUUUGUACGAGAUAU